AUGUAUAUCCAACAACCAAAGGAUUUGCCUUCCGCCUGCUGGGGUGGUCUGAUUUCUACCCGGGCUCAAAAGCUUGGUAACCCAGGAAUUUUGAUUAACGGUCGUAUGAGGGAUGUACAGGAGCAUCGUAUUCCCAAUCAAACUUCGCUGCGGUUCAGGGGUGAUCUUUGGAAAACCCCGAAGGAUAUUCUAAUUGGCGAUGAGAAUGGUGCGGUUAUUCUUCCAUCUUCAUUGCUUGAGCAAGUUGUAGGACUGUGCCAGGGGCGGUUCGAGAUCGACGAGAAGACUAUGGAAGCACUCCGGGCCGGCGAGUCGACGGCCUCAGCUAUUGAACGACUGCGCAACUAG